AUGACGAUAGCAGAAAAAACCGAACAGUCCAUAAGCCACCGACCAAACUCCUAUGUCCCCGGGAAGACAUUGGCUCGGUUGCUGAAGUUUGACUUCCACUCGUCUCCGGAGAAAUACAACUGGAGCAUGCACUGGGGCCAGGGCAUACUCGCCGCAGGCAUUCGAGGCGCCAUGAGCUACUAUGGCAUUGUCGGGCCUUUUGGAAGCUAUUUGUUCAUGGGCGUCAGACUGCUCAUCGAUCAGACUUUGGAAAAUUGGACUGGAGUGGGCUCAUUACCGUGGACUUGGCCAGUGGGUGAGCAAAUUGUCGAUCUGGCUCAUAAGGCUAUCUUUGCGGCGACCACGGGCUAUGUGGCGGAUCGGUUGAUCUUUGGAGAGUCAUUGAAUGCAUAA